AUGAGCGACGUCACCAUCACAGAGGGGACCUUUCGUCUGCCGGAUGGAGUGGAGGUCUACCAAAAGACCUGGUCGGUGAAACAGCUGACUCAUCAACAGCCCACCACCCCUCCCCUCGCCAAAAUCGUCCACUUCCAUGGCUUCAGCGACCACAUCAACAACUACUUCGACCUCUUCCCCGCCCUGGCGCGACACGGCAUCCUCUGCGCGGGCAUCGACCAACGGGGCUGGGGCCGAUCGGUGCACCGCAAAGCCGACCGCGGCAACACGGGGCCGACCCCGGCCAUUCUCGCCGACAUGGCCGCCUUCAUCACAGCCCAACAGCAGGUCGCCCCGACCGACAUCCCCGUCUUCAUCAGCGGCCAUUCCAUGGGGGGCGGGCUCGUGGCGACGUUCGCGUCUACCCCGCAGUACCAACCGCUGGUGGCCUCGCUGCGGGGGAUCAUGCUCGAGGCGCCGUACAUCGGCCUGACGCCGGAGCAGACGCCCAGCUCCCUCCUCGUCUUCGCGGGCCGGCUGGCCGGCCGUCUGCUCCCCCACUUCCAGCUCACGCAGCAGAUGGUGAUCGAGAAUCUGGUGCGCGACCCGGCCGUGCAGGCGCAGGUCAAGAACGACCCGCUCAACCACCUGACGGGCACGCUGGAGAUGUUCGCCAACAUGCUCGAUCGCGCCGCCGCCCUCACCGCGGGCAAGCUGGUCCUGUCCCCGGGCGUGCAGUCGGUGCUGGUCGUCCACGGCACGGGCGAUCAGUGCACCAGCCACGACCUCAGCAAGCGCUGGUUCGAUCAGCAGACCUCGCGGGUGCCGUCGACGCAGAAGAAGUUUGUCUCCUACGACGGCUGGAGCCAUAUCCUGCAUGCGGAUCUUCCGGAGAACCGACCGGUGUAUGCGGAUGAUCUGGCGGGGUGGGUGCUGGAGCGCGCC